CUCAAUAGGUCAUGAACGCCGUGAUUCAGAAAGUGAUGGAGCUUUCAGGCCAAGUUUUCUUCAAAAGUUUAAUCCACGAUUAGUAAAGCAAAAAAUUCAAAUUAUUCUUAAAGAAAGAUUAGAAAAAGCUAUUUAUGAUAAAGAUCAAGCUCCUGGGUGGGCUCAUGAAAUAUCAGAAGCAAUGAAGGAUAUGGAUCGCUUACUUCAUUCUGUCCUAUUUCACUAUGGGAUGAAAGUCACCAUAGGACAUGGUACUUUUUUAAUAGUGACAUUUCUGAUUAUAGGGUUAGGAAAUGCAAAUAACAUUUAUUCUUUAAAGAAUCACAUCCAUCCAAUUUAUUACUUACCAUUCAAUCUUUAUUAUAAUGGUGGUAAUAUUGAUAAUGUUUAUUUUUUCUCUUUGAAUGAUUAUAGUGGUGAAACCUCAUCCACUAUCGCGGCAACACGGCCAAGACGCGGGGCAAGUCUAAAUCGCGCUCCCAGAAUACCAAGAACGACUAGAGCAGCUGCGAGAAAAUUAGCACAACCUCCGCCUGAAUCGACUCCCGCCGAUGAUUCAUCUGUUGAAGGAUCACAGACAAUCGAUUCUAUGGAUAUAGAUCAGCCGGUCGUUGUGCCCACGAUAAUCCGAUUGCGAUUUGGAAACUCAAAUAAUUCUUCGGAUGAUUUGCCGAAAUUAAAACGUAAACCAGGUAGACCACGUAAAAAUGUAGAUACUGAUUCAAGCCCUCCAAAACGUAUUCGACUCAAUUUUAAAGGUAAAGCAAAAAAAGUCGAGAAAAGCCAAACACCUGAAGGGACACAGACGAUAGAGAAUAAUGAUGCGCAGUUGAUGGAAAUUGUCGAUGAAUCACAGCACACGAUAAUUAUUAAUGAAUCACAACAACAACAGCAGCAACAGAUGGUUGAUAAUGAACAGCGACCAUCAGAAAGCAAGACGAUAGCCAAAGAAGAGAAACAAGAUGAAGAAAUACUGGAUGAAAAGGGAGAACAAAAAAUUACAAAAGACGGAGAACUUCUUGGCGGUCGAAAGUAUAAGGUACCAGUUUUCCAAUUGCCCACUCGUGGAAGCACUUGGUAUAUGUGUUCUAUGGAUCCUGCCAAAGUUCUUGGAUUUCGUGAUAGUUAUUUAUUCUUUACGAAAAAUCAAUCAUUAAAAAGAAUAACUGUAACAGAUGAAGAGCGUGAUUAUCUCAUUACUACAGGAAUUUUACCAACAAUUUUUCGUAGUAGACCAAUAGCUAUUGUAACUGCAAGAUCAAUCUUUAAAAUGUUCGGUUCAAGAAUUGUUCAGGGUGGUAAACGGCGGCGAGAUGAUUAUUUUGAAUCUUCGAUUAAUUUUGAUGAUGAUCCAAGUGGUAAAGACUCAGAAGCGGAAAGCACUAUUAAAGUCCUACCAAGACGUUCCAAUUCUAGUCAUAUUAUUAUUAACGAACCAAACAGUUGGAUGUAUCAGCUCGCGCUUUCUUCUAGAGAAUUUAACACUCGAAUGAAAACGUGUCGGCAUGAGAGUCUUAAAUUUUAUGAUCCUCAUACUAACGUUGAGCAAAUCCCUUUUAAUACACAAUCAACACGAAUUCGAGUGGAAAUGAUAUCACCACCGCUUCCAUUAUAUUCUUCGGCAAGGAAUAAUACAUCUACUACAAUUAUAGAACCAGAAAUUAAGUUUUAUUCACUUCCUGUAAAUCCAUUUCGGACACUUAAACCAGAGGUUAUGGAAGUUUUACCGGAGGAUACGAAGAAAAUAGUUGUUGACUUAAAUGAGAAAGAAGAAAUUGCUUUACAUGAAGAAGAGAAUAAAUAUCCUAUUGCAUUAAUAAGAAAUCAGCUCCAAACCUCAUACCCAUUGCAUAGUUCAAGAUUCCAAUAUGAUCCCUCCAAAACAGUAACAUCUUCAGCAUCUAGUAACCCUCCUCUACGAAUAACUGCUACAAGUGAUGAUCAACUUUACAAUUCGUACAAUAAAAUUUCGAUUUUACCUCAAUCAUCAAUUAAUCAAAACCUGAACCACAUCGGAAAAAUUGUACCACAGUACUCGUCAAGUAAAGCAAAUCCUCAAUUUAUCUGUGGAGUCAUAACUGCUACAACUGGACAGCCAUGUAGACGUGCUGUAACUGCUGAUGGGGAAAGGUGCAUGUAUCACAAAGAUUCUUCCAAUGCGUCUGGAAAAUCUGCUAUAAAACCUAAAUCAGAGGUUUCUUUCAUUGAAUCAACCUCGCCAAAUAUAGUUCCAGAGGCUUCCAGAGUUGUACCAGCUUUUGCUUCGAAUAUUAUCGCGAUUCCGGAAAAUGUUUGUGCAAUAUGUUUUUCCGUCACUCUUCCCUCAACAAUCGUGCCACCCGCGAACGGUGCACCAUGUUCAGAUGAUCAUACCAUCAAAUGUUCCCAAUGUCUUCGCAAAUACCACCCACUUUGUCUUUCUCUCACCACUCCAAGGCUUAUGGUAGCCAUGGAAAGUUACAAAUGGCUAUGUAAUGAUUGUAAGACGUGUGUCGUUUGUCGAACAUCUGGUGAUGAAGCGACGCUACUAAUUUGUGAUGAUUGUGAUCGCGGUUGGCAUCUUGAUUGCAGCUCACCAAAAGUAACGGAAGUACCACAAGGUCCUUGGCUAUGUUCACUUUGUGCUCAAUGUGAUUCAUGUGAUGAGAAAGCUGCGUCUCUAAAUGAUGCGGCAAAUAAUUAUCAUCAUAUUGACGCAAAACCAGAAACUGCAAAUUUUCCAACUUAUUUGGCAACCAUUUGUUACAAGUGUAAAGAUAAUUUCUUUGAAGAUCGGUUUUGUCCUGUAUGUCUCAAAACAUACUCUGAGGAUGAACAAGAAAAUGAUGAUGACAAGGAUAUGAUUUGUUGUGAUCAAUGCGAUCGAUGGAUUCACCCUAGGUGUGACUCUGCCCUCACGCCUGAAUUGUAUCAAGAAUUGGUUGAAGUUUCUGAUACAAAAUACAAGUGUCCACUUUGUAUGGGACGAUAUCAACCUUUGAUUGAAGGGAAUGAAGAACAAUAUAAAGCAUUAUCUGGAUUUCCAAUUGCAAAACCUGUUGCUCUGAUCUCAGGUCGGUCCAUUCGUGGGAUCGUGAAUUAUAAGGGAAAGAAUGUGGCAGUACCUGAAAUUAGAGGUUGGGGAAAAGAUUGA